AAGUUGAUCCGGGCAUUUUGAUAAUGCGCGUCUCAAAAUGGCGGUAGAAGAAUUUGGAUUUUAUUAUUUCCACAUAAUGGUGUGCAUUGUAGAUUAAGUAAACAUUACUGAAACCUUCAAUAUGUCAGCAAUGAGAAGAAGAUCACAGACAGGUCCACGGACUGACACGACGCACGACAUAUUUGUUUAUAUGACUCUUGGAAGAUACCCUGAUGGCGCAAAUGAAAAUGUAAAGAGGAACCUGCGAAAACGGUCGAAAAUGUUCAAACUGAAAGGCAGCGAGCUGUUUCAUGUCUCCACAACGAAAGAUAAGUUUGGGAACGAUGUGCAAAGGGAGAGACUUGUUCUCACGGACGAUGCUGAACGAAGUAAAGUCAUUGCCGAACUGCAUGUUGAUGAUAAAGGCAAUCACUUGGGGAGGGAAAAAGUCCUGGGUGCCCUAUCCGAGAAAUAUUACUUUGUAGGAAUGAACAACAAAGUCAGAGAAUAUCUUUUGAAUUGUUCCUCUUGUCGCACACGCUUCAAGCUAAGUGAAGGAAUGUCCGAUGGAAGUACAUCUGCCAUAUCAGAUUAUGAUGAUAUGGAUGACUCGGAUUCAAAUGUAUCAAUUUCUGAGGAUUGCAAGCCGAUCAAGUCGGAAUGGCCUGCCCGGUCUCAAGAAGCCCUUCAUUUUUGGGACAUAGUGGAGAUGAAUGUAAUGGGUCCAUAUGAUUGUAUAGACAGUAAACAUUACAUAAUUGUUUUCCUGGAUCUGUUCUCUAAUUGGCCUGAGGCCUUUGUUGUGGACUCCGUCACUCCAGCUGUAGUAACGCAUCUCACAUUGAACCUCAUCUGCAGGUUUGGAUGUAUGAAGACAAUGAUGAUUCGUGAGUCUACAAAUUACAGCAAAGAGGAUCUUACACCCCUGCAGAAGACGUUAGAGAAUGCAGGGAUCGAUAUCAAUAUCAAUCAGUUUUCUUCAGCACUCUCUGAUAAAAUAUGGAAGGAAAUAGGAGUCAAUUUGGAUCAGUUUACCACAAACAACUCUCACUGGCCACAUUGCCUGGAAUUUGCGCUGUUACCACAUAGAGUUUCUCGUCCUGAACGAUCGGAGUACACUCCAGCUUACAUUACUUAUGGAAGAGAACUUCAUCUGCCCUCAAGUAUGCAAAAGGGAGAAAGUGAUAAUUUUCCUACAGCAGAGCCCCAUCUGAGUCUGGAUGAUAUGACAGUACUAACAGAUAAAUUCCAAAUGGCUUAUUCAUCAUAUGGUAAAAACAUUCAGGCAUGGAACUCCUGUUCUCAACCAUUCUGUAUAAUACCGUCGCUAAACUCAAGUGAGCCUGUUCGUCAGCCUGGUAAGAGAGGAAGGAAAAAGAAAAAUCCUAUUCCUCCUCCUCCUCCCCCACAGGAUGAAGCAAACUCGGAUAAAGAGGCUGAGGAGGACAUGCCUCCUCCGGCUACAGAUAUAACCCCCAGAACAGGUCGAAAAAGGAAGCGCAACAUCAGUCGCAUCACUCGCCUUAUCAAUGCCGAAAAUGACGAUGAUGAGGAUGACCCUCCUCCAGAUCAAGAUCUGGAUGACAAAGACUACGCACCUAGUAGCAAGAUGGUCAAAGUUAACACUGAACAGGAACUUGAUGCUUAUUACCAAGCCAUCUUCAAAUACAAGAAAUUCAAGACUUACCUCCCUGGUUGUCCGGAUAAUUAUAAACGAGUUUUACGGAAAUCUGCAGUCAGCUACUGUUUGUUUGAUGAUGACAAGCUCUACUACAUAACGGAUGGUGAAUUACGUUAUGUUCCUGUGACGUGGAAAGAGAGAGUGUAUUAUCUUGCCAAAUGCCACAUUAGUGAAAAAGGUAAACACAGGUGCAAAAAUGUGAUGACACAGUGGAUGACUGAUAAGAAGAUUGCAUGGAAAGGUAUUUCUGUGGACUGUACAGCAUUUGCAGCAGCCUGUCCGUACUGUACUCUCGGUGAAACCAGAAGUGAACCUGCUAGCAAACCACCUCCUAAAGAUGAUCCAGUCCUUAAAAUGGCAGAGGAGAACUACAGUCUAUUGCUGAACUACCUCCAGAAGCAAACAUUUCCUGUGAAGACUCUACAGUCGAAGGUGGAUGCAGUUACAAGUAUUGCUAGACAUUAUAUGAUCCUGAAGGGUGUGCUGUAUCACAAAAAGGGAAAAUCGGGCGACUUGAGAUGUCUAGAAGUAGGGACUAAGGACAGGAAAGUGGCAAUGCAGGCUGCCCAUGUUAGUGAUGGUGAGCACUUUGGACCAUCAGAAACAUUACGAAGGCUAUCAGAAAAAUUUGUAUGGAACAGAAUGGCUGAAAGUGUAGACACAUUUGUGGCUGGCUGUUGUAAAAGAAAAGAAGAGGAAUUUGGAGCUCCAAAAUCAAUUUUGAACAGGAAUGUGGACUUCUUCAACAAACAGUUUCUGAAUGGGUUUGUAGAUGAGUUGCUUGCUGGGAAAGAAAAAUUCACAGAUCCAGUGAUGCAUGAUAUAUCAGAAGUGGUGAAAAAAGAACACGAAACUCCACAAAAUGAGACGAGUAAUCAAGAAUCAGAAAGAGAGGAGGAUAAAGAGCAGGAUAAAGAGAUAGAAGAACAGAGCAAGUCCCAGAACCAAACUCCACAGAAACAGGGUGAUAUAAAAACAGAAUGCAGUUCAAAUAGUGACACUUUAAGUAGGACCAAGACGAUAACCGAACAGCCUACAGAUGCAGAAAAUGCCUCCAGACCUGACACCACCAUAGAGGGGAAUGAGACGAGAAUCAAGUUUGCAAGUGAUAAAAUGACUACGACUGCUGUCAAGUCUAUUCUGCCUCCAGAGGAGCUGGAGGAAGAAAACAUACAGAGCACAAGUCCAGUGAAGGACACAGUUGCAACAGCCACAAAAACUACAGAGAAGCAACCUUCAGCUGACGGUGCUAGUGAAGAAGAAGCAACGGGAGAAGAGAAGAAAGUCAGCAAAAUGAUUAAUAAAAAAUGUGAAAUUUGUGGAAUGUUGUUCAAGGGACUAAAUAAAUAUAAAGCUCACAUGUAUGGCCACACGGGCAUCAAACCUUAUCCGUGUACAUUGUGUGAUAAAUCCUUCACUCUGAAGAAAACACUGAAAUUCCAUCUUGGUAAACAUGCCGGUCAGAAGCCAUUCUUGUGCAACAUAUGUGGUAAAAGAUUCCAUGUUCCCAAUAGCCUGCGUUCACACCUUCAAAUCCAUGCCAAGGGAGGUAACAAUAUCCACUACUGUAAGCUGUGCAACAGAGAGUUUGCCACUGAUGUUCGGUAUGAGAAGCAUUUGAAGUUCAAACAUCCUCCAGAAGAUGAAGAACAUCUCUGUUCUCAGUGCGGGAAGAAAUUCUGCAGCAGAAAGAGUUUGAAACGUCAUGAAAGAUCAGCCCAUGAUGCUGUGAAAAACCACUUCUGCAAAAUUUGUGAAAGAGGUUUCUUCAGAAAGGAAUAUUUAAAUCGCCAUAUGGAACAACACGAUCCAAAUCGUGACGGGAAAAAGAAAAAAGUCAAACCUAUGGCAAUAAGGAAACCAAAGGCCUUGCAGAACAAGGCAAAACCAGCAACCAAAACAGUUGCAAAAACGACCCCAGGAAACAUUAUCAUUCAAACAGUGCAAGAUACAGGAAGUUCCAGUGUGGCAAAUGUAGUAGGGAACAUCCGUAUCGAAGUGGAGCCUGGUCAGAUAGAAGAAUACUACAUUCAGGAGACUGAGCCUGCCCCGGAGAACACGUUUUACGUGGAGUCAACAACUGAAGGGGACCAGGAAGGAGCUAGCAGUACCCUGGUGUACAGCUUCCCUUCAGUCCAGUACGAGAUUGAAUGUCCUGAUGGACAGCUGAAUUCAGAGGCCCUGUCAGCCAUUACAAUGUUAGCACAAGCUUCUACCCAGCAGAACAUCUAAGUUUCACUUAGCUUUAUUUACUUUCCAGAAUAAGUUAUUUUGUGCAAGAUCAGCACUUUUUGAAAGACCAUGUUCUGUUUAAUUUGAUAAAUCAUAAUUAAAUGUUUUAAAAGAUGUUAUAACUGUUGUGAAUGACUUAAUGCAUGAACAAUCAGCCACAGCAUUACAAAAUGUUUCCUUGCUGACAAAAUUAUGUUCAUGCAUAUUACAAUUUCAUUUAUACAUGCAUGAUGUGACAUAUAUAUAAAUAUAUAUAUAUAUAUGUACUUGUAGAUUGUACUGCAAGAAAUUUAAAAAUGAAUUGUAUUGAAACAAUAAUUUUUAGCUCACCCAAACUACAAUUCAUUUGAGCAUUGUAGCCUUGUAAUGUAUGUAACAAAUUUUCUUGAGAUAUGGGGUUUGGAACGCUGCAUACAGUUUUCUAAUUUAUAUUGAUGGUAGAUGUUAUUGAUAAGAUUGAUCAUAAGUGAAGAAUGUAACUUCCAGAACAUAGUUUGUACAUUAUAUUAUUGUUGUUAUAAGUUCGACUUGAGGUCAUACACAAUGUUUCUCAACAAUAUAAUUUUUCAUGACAUUUUAGGUACAAUUCACCCGCAUUCUAUCUUAUUUCCCCCAAAAAAAUCUUGGUAUAUUACCAGGUCUGUUAUAGAGUUUGCAUAAUUUGAUAGUUCUUGGUUGUGGCAAGAAAACUGUUGCUGUAAACUCUUGUGUAUUGCAGAAGGUUGUAUAUUUGGAAAUUACUAAUUAAGUUAGUGAAGAAAAAUCGAGAUUGAAUGUGGGGACCCUUGCAUUACUGAAUAGGUGAUCUAACCACGCUGAUAUACGAAGUAUGAUAAUAUUGCAACAAUAUGAAAUUUAAACCUAUUUUGGAAAUCAUGUAAAAACCCUUCGUAUUGAGGAGAUGAAAAAAUAGUUUUAGAAAUGUCGUGUAUGACCUUUUUAAAGAAAUAAAUGCCUAGACUGUUUUUAAGUGGAGAUGUAAAAACAACAGACGCUUGGGGUAUUUGUCAGUUAUGCAUACUUCAUAAUACAAUGUACACUCUAGUCAAUUAAUCCUGAUGUUUAUAUUUUUAAAUUAAACUCGAUUCUUUUUAAAAAUAAGGCUUCUUUUAUGUCAAGUUGAAAGGCAAGUCUUUCUUUCUAUGCUGAUCAGAAAAAGAAAUGCUUAGUACAUUUCAUAUUCAUUUUAAGACAUGAAAAAUACAUGUACUAAAUUGAUUUAUUUAUAAAAUAAAAAUGAUGUAAA